AUGACAGUGAAAGAUACGGGUAUGUUUAGAAUCACAAAGUACAAAGGUCCUCAUACAUGUGUCAAUCCAUGUAUUAAUCAAGAUCAUUCACAGUUGGAUUCUAGCUUUGUAUCUAAGUAUAUUGAAACAUUGGUGAAGGUAGAAAUGACCAUUACAGUUGCUGCAAUUCAAGCUGUUGUUGCGGAACAAUUUGGUUACCAAAUUUCUUAUCAAAAAGCAAUGAAGGCAAAAAGGAAAGCAAUGACUCGAUUAUUUGGUGAUUGGUACAAGUCUUAUGCAGAGUUGCCUCGUUUCUUCCUUGCCUUGGAGCAUUCAAAUCCUGGAUGCAUUAUGUAUUCCAAAAUGGUUCCUGGAAACAAUCCGAAUGAAGAAAUUUUUCAGCGUGUUUUUUGGGCAUUCGCUCCAUCUAUUAAAGGGUUUGCACACUGUCGACCAAUUCUCAGUAUUGAUGGGACACAUUUGUAUGGAAAAUAUAAAGGGACUUUGCUUAUUGCUAUGGGAUGUGAUGGUAAUAACCAAUUGUUUCCACUUGCAUUUGCCAUUACAGAAGGAGAGAAUACAGAUAGUUGGAGUUGGUUUUUGGCAUGUAUCAGAGUUGGAGUAACACAAAGGAAAGGGUUGUGUCUGAUUUCUGAUCGUCAUCCUAGCAUUAUAGUUGUUGUCAAUGAAACAUAUUCGGGAUGGACUCAGCCAGAUGCUUGUCAUAGAUUUUGCAUUCGUCAUUUAGCGAGUAAUUUCAACACAAAGUUCAAAGAUAAGACUUUAAAGGAUCUCAUGUGUAGGGCUGCUAUGGAGAGUAAAGUUAAAAAAUUUAUUUCUCACAUGGAUACAAUUGGCCGGAUAAAUGCCGAGGCUAGAAAUUGGUUGGAGCAAAUUCAUCUUGAAAAAUGGGCACUCUCAUAUGAUAGUGGCCGGAGAUAUAGGAUUAUGACAACUAACAUGUCUGAAAUUUUUAAUGGUGUCCUUAAGGGUGCUCGUAACUUACCAAUAACAGCUUUAGUCCAGUUAACUUUCUAUCGGGUUAACAGUUAUCAUAGUCAGGCGGGAGCAUGGUGCCAGUCGACUCGCUUCAGGUGA